AUGUCUGAUAACAAGAGGCCGCGUGACGAGGGGCCUUCUUUUGAGGACCCCAUGGACAUGGUCAACGCCGUGAUUUCCACGCUCAAUGCUCCGCAGGACCGAACCAACGUCGCCAUCACCUAUUCCAACGACAAAAACGUCGCCACCGAGGUCCAGGCGUACGCCAAGAUUGCCGGUUGUGAUUGGACCUACUACGUCAAAACACUACUGCUUGUCAUUGGCAGGAACACAGACGCAGCCGCGGGUGCGUCCACGAGCCUUCCCCAGCCGGUCGACAUUGAUUUAGGUCUGGCCAAGGUGGUGAGCCGCAAACACGCGGUGAUAACGUAUAACAUCGAGUUACGGUGUUGGGAACUCAAGGUGCUUGGACGGAACGGUGCACGCAUGGAUGGCGUGAAAAUGUCCGUCGGUGCUGAGCACGCGACGCCCUUGCAUUCCGGAGCCAUUUUGGACGUUGGCGGCACUCAGAUGAUGUUCAUCUUGCCCGACGCGCCUCCAAGCGUGCUGCAGAAAAUGCUCAACGAGUGUAUGGCUCGUUACCGUCCCGAAAAGAACAAGUUCCCUCGCAUUGCAUCUGGGCUGGGCCCAAUGAGCUCUGUUCCUGAUGGACAAAACAUCUUUGCCCCCCAGGGUCCCUACCGUGUCUCUAGCUUUCAGAUGUUCGAGAAGGGCUCGCUCGGCCAAUCUCCCUCCGCUGUAUCUGCUGUAUCUUUACAAAACAAUUUGGAUCAGGAUCUUUCUAAGGAGGACUCCAAGGACAUCAAGCCUCCUUAUUCAUAUGCCACCAUGAUCACUCAGGCGAUCUUGUCCAAUCCGGAUGGCGUCAUGUCUCUCUCCGAGAUCUACAACUGGAUUGCAUCUCACUACGCAUACUAUAAAUACUCCAAAACUGGAUGGCAGAACUCCAUUCGUCAUAACUUGUCUCUCAACAAGGCUUUCGAGAAAGUGCCCAGAAGACCAAACGAACCUGGUAAGGGUAUGAAGUGGCAGAUCAGUGAAUCUUACCGAAGUGAGUUCAUGAAAAAGAUUCAAAACGGAACCCUUCUGAAGUCGAGGCGCGGUUCGUCUGUGUCUAGAACCCUCCAGAUACAUUUGGCAACUCACCAGGGCCUCCCUGAAUCGAAGCUAUACCCCAAACAAGAACAGAAUGGCAACAUUCCUCAAAUCGACCAUGCAAACUACCAGACUACUCCAGGACCUUCAAUGUCAAUGGAUGCAAACAAACACAACACUGGCCAACAAUACGCGAGAAACCAACCUCCUAAUAUGGUGAUGCAAUCAGGAUACAUGCCACAGUCUAUGCCCCCUCAGAUGGGAUAUCAAGCUCCUUAUGGCAAUCCCGGAUACCCACCACAGCGAGUUAUGAUGUACGGUCAACCAGGCAACCCCGCAGGCAUGCUACCUCCACCACCAGACAAUCAACUCGAAGCCGCAGGAAUACGCCAGAUGCCUGGCGCUGAUCCAAACUCUCUCAAAAAUACCAAGCCAGGAGAGAAUGGAACGUUAUAUUUACCAAACCCAAAUAGCAUGAACCCAGGUGAAAACCCCUCAUAUAUGGGAGGAUUUGCCUACAAGCCUCCACAUAGUCAACCAGGACCAAACUAUGAGCUUCCUGUUAACGAAAAUCCAGGACAGAGUUCGUUUGCAAACUCAUCUGUGCCAAAUACAAGCGAGUCUGUGCAAAAUUCCACGGCUCCAACAACUUCCAACACCACAGAACUCGGACUCGGAUUUACUUCCCCCAAGAAAAUUGCUCCCCUCGAAGCAUUUACACCCGAGCGAGGUUCUAAAGCUAUCAAUUCCAAAAAUGCCUCAGGCACCAACCAAUCGUCUCCAGCAUUUUGGAACUUUGUCCAAUUCAGCACCCCCAACGGUCAAACCCCUGGCCGAAAAGACAGUGAAGAGAGUAACGUGCAAAUAAGUCCCACGUUGGCUCGCCGUACGAACGGUAAAGUAGAAGACGCGCAGUUAAACGGGUCAGCUUGA